AUGGCUAAAGUUGUAAUACGUCCUCAACGAUUUACACCUGAAGAAUGGAAACUUGCAUCAAAAGUUAAACAUAAAAAUACUGAACGAGAUCGAACUGUUGCUGAACGACUUAUUCUUGAAUGUGACCGACUUGAUCAAGAAGGACGAGGCAAUGUUGAACAAACUUUAGCUGAUGUUAAUAAAAAACUUGAUCAACGUUUGGAUCAUAUUAAAAAUUGGAAAGGUGAAUUAGAGGUAAAACGAAGUGAAAUAGAAAAAGAAAUUGAUGCAACAGAAGUUUAUCUUGUUCGUAUUGAAAAACGUCUUCAAUCACUACAAGAUAAUUUACAUAUCGUUCAAACAACAUUAUCAAAUCGAGAAAAACGUUACGAUAUUGAUUUAGUUCAUGAUGAUGUUCAAAAAGAUUUAAUUAUGGAAGUUACAGCUAUUCAAGCAGCUAUUACUUUACUAACACGCACAAUCGAGCAAACGAAAGAACAACUUAGGUAA